AUGGCUCGUCUCACAGAUCUCUCCGAUGAGCUCAUCGUCGAGAUAAUAUCAUAUCUCACGCCCCAUCAACGCGCCUCAUUCAUGAACGGCCAGCCCUUCUAUCACUGGCCGGAGCAACUCGACAAACACAAUGAAGCCAUCAUGGCGUCGAUACAGGACCUCCAAGCACUAAGCACUGCCUGCCGUCGCUUAUACCUCAUCGCAACCGAAGCACUCUACGACUACAUCCCCCUAUCGUCUAACGCCGAGAGAUCUGAAAAGCUCAUCUCGACCCUGGACAACAACGAGGACCUAACAGUGUACGUGAGGUGCGUCGACGUCGACGUCAAACGGUACGGCGGCAUGCUGCAGUUCACCAGCCUCUUCUGGCUCCCCAACGUCCACACCAUCAGCAUCCGCGGCUUCGACCUGUGGGAGCCCUGGGAGUGGGAAGACGAUGCCCACGUGGGGGCGUCGCCGGUCCAGGUGCUGCGGUUACUAGAGUGCGGCGCCCACGAGAAGCCCCUCACGCAGAUGUUGAGCUUUCCAAAGGCGCUCAGGGAGCUGUGGUACGAGGUAAACCAGGUCGAGUGGGACGGGCACUACGGGGACAACGACGCACCGGGGUUUACCUGCGCGGCAGUCGAGCGGGCGAUGGCGAACCAGGUCGGUUCGCUCGAGAAGGUGGUCUUCACGCGGCCGACGCCCGACCACGAGGGGAUCGGAUACGAGGAUCAACUCGAUGUCCGGCAGUACGAAAGACUGAAGGUGUUGCACGUCAAUCAGGUUUUCCUCACUUCCUUGGAGCCGGACGUUCCCGUGUGGGAGCACCUCCCUAAGAGCCUUGAGGAGCUUGAAGUCUACUACGAUGACAUGGGACACAUCAAGAUCCUCGAGGACGACGCGGACAGACCCGACUGGCUGUUUGGGAUGCUGGAAAGAAUGGCGAAGCCAGAUGAGAAGGGUGUCAGGGGCGAUUUCACGCCAUUGCUUGAAAGAGUGAGAAUCAUAUCGCUUGAAUGGCAUCCGGAAAUGUAUGAGGAAAGCGAAGAGGAGGAGGAUGAUGAAGAGGAUGAGAACGCGGCUCCUGCUACUGCGGGCGAACCUGACGUUGAGAUUGAUGAGUCGAGAGGUGUAGGCCAUCCGGGUUCGACAUGGCUACCCCCAAGAGAACUGAUACAGAAGUUCAUAAGAGCGGGAGUCAGCUUCAGCAUAUUUCUGCAUGGACAGCGGCGGUACAGGUACACCGUUGAAGGCGGUCGUGGAUUUCAAGAUAAGUGGGAAGAUGUGUUAGAAGAAUUAGGAGAAUAA